GUGAUGUGAUCGAAGUGUAUUAUGGUGACAAUCGCUUUGGGACAGUGACCGACUCUGGCACAGCAACGCUUAAACCUCGUCCGAGGGUCCGGCCGCUGCUGACUUUCUUACCCCUUAAUGCCCAAGAAUCCCAUGGGGUGGCUGUGCCAACGCCGUCAGUGCCAGAAGACUUUGAGGAAAAAGCAGCUCUUGGCUCUGGCUCCCAGGUCAAUGGGAACUACCGAAUGUACAGCUCGGUGGGGGACCUGCGCCCACAGGCUCUUGAGGGGGAUGACCUGGAGGAAGACAUACCUCCGCCGCCAUCGGUACCCCCGCCACCCCCUCCAAUGGAACCGGCAUCCCCACCUCCAGCCUCUGCCCUGUCCUCCCCCAGCACACCAGCUCCUCCAGACUUCAUCCCACCAGCCCCGCCGGGAGCCUCACCGCUUAGCCGGGCCCCAGCGCCCUUCACCACCGUCAUCUCCAAGUGGAAGUCUGAGACGGUGCUGAACACGAGACAGGCGGAUGCUGAGGGGCCGCUCUGCCCUGCCGAGGCUGGGGUGCCAACUGCCCCCACCCCGAAGGAGACCCUGCAGCCCAAGCACGAGCCCCACCUGACCUUCCCCAGGUCCUUCAAGGUGCCCCCACCAGCCCCAGCCCGCUCCUCCUCCAUCCCCGUGCAGGAGAGCCAGCCUGUCCGAAAGGAGCCCUUCCCCCGGCAGCCUCACGCCCGGCCUCCACUCCCACCCUGCUUCACCAUAAGGCCUGCGGCCAAGGCUCACAGAGGAGCAGAAGCUGAGCAAAGAAAUUCCCUGCUGAGACAGGCUGUUGUGAAGCCGGCUGUGCCGAAUCCCCCACCGCUGAGCCCCAAGCCAGGUCCAGGGCUUGGCCAAGGGAUGAAUCCUGCCGGUUGCUGGUCCCCGCUGCCGGGCGCUGAGCCGGAGAAGGUUCCCCAACCAAAAACAGCUGAGAGAGACUUUCCUCCAAAAUCCGAAUCUCUCUCUGCGAAUGACCUGGACCUUCCCCCUCCGGACUAUCCGACCUGUGAGGAUGACUGGAGGGAUGCCAGCAACCUGAGCAGGCUGCGGCAGGAGCUCUCAGCCCUCCUGCGCUCCCCACAGAAGGAGAGGCCCGCUGCUUCCCAGCCCGUGUCCGGCGGCACCAACUGGGCCAGCAGCAACGAGCCCAGUCUCAAUGGGCCCCAGCUUGCUGGGAAGGACACACAGCUACCCGUGGGAGGGGAGAGCGAGAAAAAGGAGGUGCCCAGCAGCCCCCUCAGUGCCAAGGGGAGCUCGCUCAGCGUGGUGCUCCCCGCUCCGGAGAGCAACACUGCCACACAGCCCCACAGCGUGAUGAAAAUCAGGAACGAGCUGGAGGCUGUGCUGUCCCUGAAGAAAGAAGGGAAACCUGCCCUGGGGCUCAGCAGCCAGAAGCAGGGCACCGAGGAUGGCAGCAGCACCCCACAUGUGAGGAAAAGCCCCCCUGACCUGGGUGACUCGGUGCUGCCAAAACAGGCUCCGAGCUUGCUCCCAGCACCAGCA